CUGGCACACCCACCCCACCGUCACUGUGGGAGAGUCAGUUGGGCCUUCUGGGCUUCCUGGUCCUCAGCUCCGCCUCGCCUCGAUCUGGCCGGACGGGGGAAACACUUCUCAGUUAAAGAACAAAAGCAACAACGGACAGACCGAGGAGGACGAAGUAACGGCGACUCGAAUUCCAAGCCGAACCUCACGGAUUGGAAGAUUUGUGCCCUCCGAGGCAAGAAUUAGCCGACGACUGAACUCAUACGAAAGGCGACAAACUUGGUCGCCUCGCAUCUUUGUAACCCGUCCGUAAUCCGUCGAGGUGCUUGAUAAAUAAGACAAGGGUCAAACAGACAGACGGACGGUAUUGUUUCCCUGGUCUUCCUCUAAACUUCGGCCAUAAAAAGCGAAGUGGCAGACGGGAAACUCGGGGUUUCCUUUGUUUUCUUUACGCCUGAAAGGACCUCGGGGAUAAAGGGUUGUUUUGGCAUUUUCGGUUUUUUAUUUGGUGGUAUCUGUCUUUGUGAAGAGGCUACACUUAUCUUGGAACUGAGUACUUGGAAGUGGAACAAAGCCCGACUGGGAGACGGUGACAAGGCCUAUUUUGAUAUCCCAGAUGGCAACCUACAGUGAACAUAAUGGCAGAAAUGGACUAUUUGUGGGCAUGAAGGGGCCUUUUGAUGGAAAAGUAACAAAGACAGAAUGUGAAGGAAACCUUGAAGCUAAAAGGCCCUCCAAGGAUUUGCACCACUCUGCCAACUCAGCGGAAAGCAACGCAAGCGGUGUGGCUAGUUUCACCACUAACCACAACUCUGUUGUGUGUCUGCCUCUGGUGUCAGAAGGAUUGAAAUUGGUAUGGACACAGUCUGAUCAGACCCGUGAACUUGACACUAUCCCAGAGUUGGUCCAAGCCUUUAAUUUAUUUCCAUACCCAUCAUCCCGUGAGGUUAACACCCUGGCCCGGGUAUGUGCCUUGCCAUUGGACAAAGUUAAGGUGUGGUUUAUGGUGCAGAGAAUUAAAUAUGGUAUCAGCUGGUCUUCAGAGGAGAUAGAGGAGACACGACGGAAGCUAGCAGUGCCUGAGCUGUACGAUGACUCUACUGAAACAAACGAGGAAUCCAAAAUAAAGAUCAAGAGUGGGAUUUUUGAGGAAUUGGUAAUUGAGGAUAAGGAUAGCAAUGAAGUGGAGAGUCCUUUCUCCAGCUUGAUCCCCCAGAAGACGAAACCAAAGUGUGAGUCACCAGAUUCCUAUAAACCAGCCAAACCCACUGCCCCGUGUUUCAGUUCCACCCUUCCACCUCCUCAGGAUUCAUACUUCUACCGCCCACCAGUGGAUACGCCAGCAAGUACAGCAACUGAUGUCUCCCUUGACCUUUCAGAGUCAUCUUCACGACAGCACCGUCAUGGGCGCUACAAAAAGUCUAAAGCUCAGCUUGCUGCCCUUCGAAAAAGCUUUCUGAGAGAGAACUGGCCUGCUGAGGCAGAGCUGAGACGUUUGCAGGAAGAAACUGGGCUGAGCCGCAAUGACAUUCGUAAAUGGUUCAGCGACAGCCGUUACCAGCUUAGGGUUGGCCGGGGAAGCCUGGCAGCAGCCCAGAGCUAUUCUCAACACACUGCUGUGGGAGGUAAACAUGAUCAACAAACUCAACCUCUUCCACUUAUUACUCAAAAGACUCGUCAGCAUAACAGCGUGAAGGGCCAUGAGGGAGCCCGUAGCAAUGGGACUAGAAAUUCACAUUUCUUUCAGACCUUUUUGUCAAACAGCCUGGAAGCAUUUGGGGAGAGGGUCUUUGAGGCAGAGGAGUGUGACGUUAUGGAGCUUUCUUGUGAUGGGGACAGUUUUAAAGACCAGGAACAAAGUGAAGAACAACCCUUACAAUUGACCAAGACCUGCAAGAUUGAGCCAGAUGUCCCACAGGAACCAUCAGGUAUAUUAAAAUCCUCUCCCUACUCUUCCCCCUCUGGCAGCCCACCACUGACUGCCUCACCCAAUAAACCAAUUUCAUACAGCAUCAGCACAUCAAAGAAGUCACCCCAAUCAGCCAAAGCCAGUCCGUUACAAACACCCUUGCACCUCUCAGGGUCUUCUUCAUCUACAUCCACAUCCCCUGCCCUCACUCCUGCUGGGCGACCAAGAAAGACCAAGGAGCAGUUGGAUGUGUUAAAGCAGCACUUCUUACGCUGUCAGUGGCCCAAAAGUGACGAUUACACUGAACUUGUUAAGCUAACAGGCUUACCCCGUGCAGAUGUUAUUCAGUGGUUUGGUGACACACGGUAUGCUGUUAAAAAUGGCCAGCUGCGCUGGGUAAAGGGGGUCCGUGACCAGUUCUUGGCAGAACUUGCUGCCCAGCAAAGUAGCAGUGGUUUAACUAAUGGAAGUGGCUUUGGGACAUCUAAUAGGGUUGGCGGGAGCCGCAAACGUAAAUCCCAAGCAAAUGGAAGUACAGAUUCACCUGAUACCCAGCCAUUGGUGACAUAUUACCUUACUACAGGCUCACUACAUGAAAAAGACCUUGACACUCUAUGCAAGAAAUCAAGAAUGAGCUACCAGCAAGUGCGGGACUGGUUUGCAUCUCAGGAUGUUGGGGAGAUUGUCCAAGAACCUAUUACUGACUGAGACACUGGAAACAAACUUCAGAAGGCGAAUAGCUCCUCACAUCCUUUGCACCAACAAGCAUAGUUAUUUUGGUUUAAAUUGCUUUAAUUGAGGCAGGUUUGUAACAUUCAGUCUUCCCAGUACAACCCCUAAAUGAGGUUUUUUUUUUUUUUUAAUAUAUGCUGCAUUUCCUGCUUAACCUAAUAUAUUUGGACUUGAAUUAUAAUUUUUUUGCCUGUGUUGCUGUAAAUACAACAGUAACUUGUACACUGGUUUGCGAUAUUUUUUGAUCUUAUCAUUUUUGUUUAGAUAUCACUACUUAAGAUUUUUUUUUGUAUGCAAUUGUAGCAGUAUAAUUUAAACUGGUUGUACUUUUGGUACCUGACUAUAGCAGGCAAGUAACUGCUCCAGAAAAUGUCUAUGUUGAUGAAUUUGUUGACUGAUCACUGUGUCAUCAUUCCUCUUACAGCCAAUAAUUCCUUAUCAUGAAAAGCACACUGGACAUGUACACUUUAAAUUGACAUCUUGCACUUUGGUUUUAGAGCCUGCUGCCGUUACGUUCAUUAAAUCCAAUUCUUUCACAAAAGAUGAAUUUCUAACUAAACAAUGUCAUUCUUGAUCCCUUAACACUGAAACCUUCAAUCAUGUCUUUUGAAAACAAUAUUUUCCAUCUCAUUCUACUAAUGACUACAGUAUAUUUCUGAAACACAUUCCUGAUUCUCUUUUAGUCUGCUGUGAUAUUUGACUUUUUAAAUACUUUGCUUUUCAUUUGCAUUUAACCCCCUCCUUUUUAACAGUAAAGGUUAACUAAGUACUAAGAAAGCAGCAAUAUCAUAUCAGAAUUGCCAACUUCAAUUCUGAUUCGCACUCAUUGAUUCAGUCAGUAUUUCUUACAUCUCUUGUCUUAGUAUGUGUGGGGUGUGACUUGGUUAGAAAGUAGAUAAGAACUUGAUGGGGUCCAUAUACUGUGUAAGCAGCAAAGGUUUUGAAUACAAAGAAAAAUUACCACUCUUUCUGUCAACUCAGAUUAUGACUAGUACAAACAUUAUACAGUACAUUCUGGUUAUAAA